UCGGGAAAUUCAAAACUCAAUCUGACUUUUUUUCUUUCCUUGGCAAGUAACCUCUCUCAGCUUGGGUAAGAUCUCAAUUUCCAGCUGAUGCAUAUUGCUCUUUUCGACAUUUCGAGGAAGUUUUUAGCGAUCCAAUGUCUCUUUGAAUUGUGCAUCUUCUCCUGCUGAUAGUUAGUGCUGAUCUAAAAUCGGUUUUUGAAUUCUCUCGUGGAAAAUUUUGUUUGGUGUAGCAGUUACGUCGAUGAAGAGGAUCAUUCAAUAACUGUUCAAAGAAGAGAAGAUUUUGAAUUAGUUGCUCUGUGCGAGAGAAAGGAGGGGAGGAGGGGAUGGGUUCUAAGAUGGAAGGACCGUCUGCCCCAGCAAUUCGACGAGAUCCAUAUGAGGUAUUGUCUGUGUCAAGGGACGCAAAUGAUCAGGACAUUAAAACCGCUUACAGAAAACUCGCCCUCAAGUAUCACCCUGACAAAAAUGUUGACAAUCCUGAAGCUUCAGAACUCUUUAAAGAGGUUGCAUUUUCAUACAGUAUCUUGUCUGACCCAGAGAAGAGAAGGCAAUAUGACAGUGCUGGAUUUGAGGCGCUUGAAGCAGACAGCAUGGACAUGGAAGUUGACUUGUCUAAUCUUGGAACUGUCAACACAAUGUUUGCAGCUUUGUUCAGCAAGCUAGGUGUCCCUAUCAAGACCACCAUUUCAGCUAAUGUUCUUGAAGAAGCUCUGAAUGGCACAGUUACAGUUAGACCCCUUCCAAUUGGAACGUCAGUCAGUGGAAAGGUGGAGAAGCAAGGCGCUCAUUUCUUUGGUGUGACAAUAAAUGAGCAGCAAGCUGAGUCAGGGGUUGUCAUAAGAGUCACGUCAACUGCACAAAGCAAAUUCAAGUUGCUUUACUUUGAACAUGAUGCAAAUGGUGGCUAUGGCUUAGCAUUGCAGGAAGACAGUGAAAAGACUGGCAAGGUGACAUCCGCAGGAAUGUAUUUCUUACAUUUUCAAGUGUACAGAUUGGAUUCAACCGUGAAUGCUUUGGCAAUGGCAAAGGAUCCUGAAGCUGCCUUCUUCAAAAGGUUGGAAGGUCUUCAACCUUGUGAAGUCUCGGAACUAAAACCUGGCACUCAUAUAUUUGCUGUUUAUGGAGAUAACUUCUUUAAGACUGCCACCUACACCAUUGAGGCGCUUUGUGCAAAAUCAUACGAGGAUACCACCCAAAAACUUAAGGACAUUGAGGCUAAAAUUUUAUUGAAAAGGAACGAGCUACGUCAAUUUGAAACAGAAUAUAGAAAGGCAUUAGCACACUAUCAAGAAGUGACUGAAAGAUACACCAAGGAAAAGCAAGCAGUAGACGAGCUUCUGAAGCAGAGAGAUGGUAUCCAUUCUUGCUUCACUGUGUCCAGGACAAUCAUUUCUAGUGGGAAUGGUAGUAAUCUGAGUAAUGGAAGUAGUAGCAGGAAAUUUUCUGGUGAAGAUUCCAAAGCAGACAGCCCUAAGGAAGAUGGAAGCUCGGAUGGCAAGGAUAAAUCUGGAAGAAAGAAAUGGUUUAAUCUCAAUCUUAAUGGGUCUGGUAAGAGAAUGUUUUGAAAGGCGCCUGGUUGUCUCUGAUGUUUUGGAAUAUUUUCUUGGUUAGGCUACGCCACGGUUGUAAAUUGGUUGAUGUUUUUUUGUUCUUUGGCGUGCAUUUAGCAUUCUCAAAUAGGACAAAAGUUGAGCACAAUUUUCAAUUGUUUGCUAUCAGGUUUUUCAUUAAAAACAUGAUAAGUGUAUAUCUUUUCCUUUUUGCAUCCGACGUCAUACAAUUGAAUGUAUAAAAAAGCCCCCCCCCCCCCCAAAUAUUUUGUAUUUAUUGAAAGACCUGAAAGCAAACAUCUAAGUCCAGGUUUUUCCAAUAUUCCAUUGAUUCAGUGGGGCUACCAUCAUCCAUUUUCCA